AUGUCUACAUCCAUGGCUUCCCUAUAUUCUCCACUCAUUUCCAUUUCAAACCACUAUUCUUCCAUCACCUUAUUCAGGAAACACAAUUCCAAUGCCCCAAAAGUUGCAAAGCCAAGAGUGUCAUGUAAAGCCACCAAGGGUGGCGAACCAGAAAACCAUUCAAUAAAAAACAACAGCAAAGAUACCCAAGAAGAGGGCUUCAUGUUUGACAGAAGAAACGUCCUUAUUGGCCUAGGAGGCCUUUAUGGUACCCUUAGCAAGGAUACAUUGUCCCUUGCAGCCCCUAUCUCCCCACCAGAGUUAACCAAAUGUGGUCCACCUGACCUUCCCUCUGGUGCAAAACCAACCAACUGUUGCCCCCCAAUUUCCUCAAAGAUCAUAGACUUCACACUUCCAGUGAACCCCCAAGUUAAGGUCAGACCCGCUGCUCAUUUGGUUGAUGCCACCUACCUUCAAAACUACCAAGAAGCCCUUCGUCGCAUGAAAGCCCUUCCUCUCAACGAUCCACGCAGUUUCACCCAACAAGCUAAUAUCCAUUGUGCUUAUUGUGAUGGUGCAUAUCACCAAGUGGGGUUCCCUGACCUUGACUUCCAAGUUCACAGCUCUUGGCUCUUCUUUCCCUUUCACCGUUGGUACCUCUACUUCUAUGAGAAAAUCUUGGGAAGCUUGAUCAAGGAUCUUGACCCAAAUUUUUCCCUUCCAUUUUGGAACUGGGAUUCCCCCAAUGGCAUGCCAAUCCCUGCCAUGUACUCAGAUCCCAAGUCACCACUUUAUGACCCCCUUCGAAAUGCAAACCAUAAACCACCAAAACUCGUUGACCUUGACUAUAACGGCGUGGAAGACCAAAGCUCGGCUCAACAGCAAAUAUCAACCAAUCUUACCACCAUGUACCGGCAACUUGUGUCAAGUUCAAAGACUCCAACGCUCUUCUUCGGUAGCGCUUACCGUGCAGGAGAGGAUAGUGAUCCUGGAGGUGGCACUGUGGAGAACAUUCCUCAUGGUCCUGUUCAUAUAUGGACUGGUGAUAACACGCAACCUAACUUGGAGGAUAUGGGGAGUCUCUAUUCUGCGGCUAGAGACCCUAUUUUCUACUCUCACCAUACUAAUGUGGAUAGGAUGUGGUCCAUAUGGAAAAAGCUUGGGGGAAAGAGAAGUGAUAUCAAAGACCCUGACUGGUUGGAAUCUGGGUUUCUUUUCUACGAUGAGAACAAAAACCUAGUUCGUGUGAAGGUAAAAGAUUGUCUAGAUACUAGAAGGCUUGGAUAUGUUUACCAAGAUGUUGAUGUUCCGUGGUUAAAAGCAAAGCCUACAUCGCGUACUCGAAGAGCAGUUGCAAUGAGUUUUGGUGCUGGUCCAGCACUGGCAGCUGAGACUUCGAAAACUACCAAGUUUCCAGUGGUUUUGGAUUCAAGUGUGAGCACUAUCGUGAGGAGACCAAAGAAGGGUAGGAAUGAGAAGGAAAAGGAAGAGGAGGAGGAGGUGUUGGUGAUAGAAGGGAUUGAGUUUGAGAGGGAUUUGGGUGUGAAGUUUGAUGUGUAUAUUAAUGACGAAGAUGAUGUGCCAGGUGGGCCAAGUAAGACUGAGUUUGCAGGGAGCUUUGUGAGUGUGCCUCACAAGCACAAGCAUAAGCACGGUAAGAUGAAGACGAACUUGAGGCUUGGGAUAACGGAGUUAUUGGAGGAUUUGGGUGCUGAAGAUGAUGAGCAGGUGGUGGUGACUUUGGUGCCCAAGUUUGGGAAGGGCCAUGUCAUCGUUGGAGGGAUCAAGAUAGAGUUUCACAAGUGA